CCAGACUAUAUAAUGGAGCCGUCUAUAUUUAAUACGUUAAAGAGAUACUUCCAAGCAGGAGGUUCUCCAGAGAAUGUUAUCCAGCUCCUCUCUGAAAACUACACGGCAGUGGCACAGACUGUAAAUUUGUUGGCAGAGUGGCUCAUUCAGACAGGUGUUGAGCCAGUGCAAGUUCAGGAGACUGUAGAAAACCAUUUAAAGAGCUUACUUAUCAAGCAUUUUGACCCUCGGAAAGCAGAUUCCAUCUUUACAGAGGAAGGAGAGACUCCAGCCUGGCUUGAGCAAAUGAUAGCACAUACUACGUGGAGAGAUCUCUUUUACAAGUUGGCAGAAGCCCAUCCUGAUUGUUUAAUGCUUAAUUUUACUGUGAAGCUUAUAUCUGACGCUGGGUAUCAAGGGGAAAUAACCAGUGUUUCAACAGCAUGUCAGCAACUGGAAGUAUUUUCCAGAGUCUUGCGUACAUCUCUGGCAACGAUUUUAGAUGGAGGAGAAGAAAACCUUGAAAAAAACCUCCCUGAGUUUGCUAAGAUGGUGUGCCACGGAGAACAUACUUAUCUUUUUGCUCAAUCUAUGAUGUCCAUAUUAGCUCAAGAAGAGCAAGGAGGGUCAGCUGUCAGACGGAUUGCUCAGGAGGUUCAGCGAUAUGCUCAUGAGAAAGGCCAUGAUGCUAGUCAGAUCACUUUAGCAUUGGGUACUGCAGCUUCCUACCCUCGAGCAUGUCAGGCUCUUGGUGCGAUGUUGUCCAAAGGAGCGCUGAAUCCAGCAGAUAUCACUGUCCUGUUCAAAAUGUUUACAAGCAUGGACCCACCUCCGGUAGAACUGAUUCGAGUACCUGCCUUUCUGGACCUCUUCAUGCAGUCAUUGUUUAAGCCAGGUGCUAAGAUCAACCAGGACCACAAACAUAAAUAUAUUCACAUACUGGCAUAUGCAGCUAGUGUAGUGGAGAUGUGGAAAAAGAACAAGAGAGUCAGCAUAAAUAAGGAUGAACUCAAGUCAACUUCGAAAGCCAUUGAAACUGUUCACAAUCUGUGUUGCAAUGAGAACAAAGGAGCAUCAGAGUUGGUUGCAGAACUGAGCACUCUCUAUCAGUGCAUCAGGUUCCCAGUGGUGGCAAUGGGUGUAUUAAAGUGGGUGGAUUGGACAGUGUCAGAACCACGAUACUUCCAGCUGCAGACUGAUCACACUCCCGUUCAUCUGGCCUUAUUGGAUGAGAUCAGUACAUGCCAUCAGCUGCUUCAUCCCCAAGUUCUACAACUCCUUGUCAAGCUCUUUGAAACAGAACAUUCACAGCUUGAUGUAAUGGAGCAGCUGGAAUUAAAGAAGACUCUCUUGGAUAGAAUGGUGCACUUACUCAGUCGAGGAUAUGUCCUGCCCGUUGUCAGCUAUAUCCGCAAAUGCCUGGAGAAGCUAGAUACAGAUAUCUCUCUCAUCAGAUACUUUGUUACAGAGGUGCUGGAUGUGAUUGCUCCUCCGUAUACCUCAGACUUUGUACAGCUUUUUCUUCCAAUCUUGGAGAAUGAAAGUAUUGCAGGUACUAUUAAAACCGAAGGUGAGCAUGAUCCUGUCACUGAGUUUAUAGCUCACUGCAAAUCUAAUUUUAUUAUGAUGAACUAAGCAGUGGAAAAUAUCAAGAAUGCAGAGCACAUGAUCACUACUUUGCCAUAUUCUCCACCAGUAAGGUUCUAUAACUGGGCAACACAG